GAAGAUGUUCUCUCAAUGCACUUUUUUAAGCAUUUUCUUCUUGGUUCGUCAGUGAAUGUGCUCAAAUGUAUCCAAUUUUCGUAUUUAAUGCGGGAAAGAUGCUCUCUUGUGUUUGAUUCGUUGGAAGUUUUGAGGGUUGAGGGAUACAAUUAGGUCUUGUGUUUAAUGUGCUGUUCUUUUAUGUUAGUUAUGGGUUAUGGAAGAAGCUGAUUACAUUUUAUUCUAGUUCUGGUUAAUUUGAACCUAGUUUUCUUCUUUUACUUCUAUCGGGAGAUAGAAAAGUUCCGGGCAGAGUCACCCUUUUGGAGCUUGGAGAUGAGAAUUUUGGAAAUGCUGAAACAAAGAGUACUAAAAUGAGCCAGACAGAGGUGUCCAAUAUGAAGCAGAAACAACAGCCCGUUCCACUUGGGACUUUGAUUGGUCGUGAGUUGAGAAAUGAGAAGUUGGAGAAACCCACAGUCAAGUACGGGCAAGCUGCUCUGGCUAAGAAAGGAGAGGACUAUUUUUUGAUCAAGCCCGACUGCCAAAGGGUUCCGGGCAAUCCAUCUACGUCGUUUUCAGUUUUUGCGAUUUUUGAUGGGCAUAAUGGUAUAUCAGCUGCCAUAUUUGCUAAAGAGAAUUUGCUGAAUAAUGUCUUGAGUGCUAUUCCUCAAACACUUGAGCGGGAAGAGUGGCUUCAAGCCCUUCCUAGGGCGUUAGUUGCAGGGUUUGUGAAAACUGACAUAGAGUUUCAGCAGCGAGGUGAGACCUCUGGAACAACAGUAACAUUUGUUGUGAUUGAUGGUUGGACUGUGACUGUCGCAUCUGUCGGAGAUUCUCGGUGCAUAUUGGACACGCAAGGAGGGGUUGUUUCUCUGUUGACAGUUGACCAUCGGCUGGAAGAGAAUGUUGAAGAACGCGAGCGUGUAACUGCAAGUGGUGGUGAAGUGGGAAGACUCAAUGUUUUCGGGGGUAGUGAGGUUGGUCCAUUACGUUGCUGGCCUGGUGGAUUAUGUCUUUCAAGGUCUAUUGGCGAUACAGAUGUUGGCGAGUUUAUUGUGCCAAUUCCUCAUGUUAAGCAAGUCAAGCUCUCAAAUGCUGGUGGAAGGCUUAUAAUUGCCUCUGACGGUAUAUGGGAUGCUUUGUCAUCUGAUGUUGCUGCUCAGUCUUGCCGAGGUUUACCUGCAGAACUUGCUGCCAAGUUGGUAGUGAAGGAGGCUCUUAGGUCACGAGGACUGAAGGAUGAUACAACCUGCUUGGUUGUUGAUAUUAUUCCUUAUGACCAUCCUAUUUUGCCCCCAACACCUAAAAAGAAGCAAAAUUUGCUCAGUUCGCUUAUCUUUGGGAAGCGAUAUCAAAAUGCAAAAGGAGCUAAUAGGCUAUCGGCGGUUGGAGUUGUAGAGGAAUUAUUCGAGGAGGGUUCUGCAAUGCUCGCUGAAAGGCUGGGCAAGGACUUCCCUCUGGACUCAAACUCCGGGCUCUUUAGAUGUGCUAUUUGCCAAGUGGAUCAGCCACCUAGCGACGGUUUGUCGGUUAAUUCAGGCCCAUUUUUCUCUCCUUCGUCAAAGCCAUGGGAAGGUCCUUUCCUUUGCGCAAGUUGUCGUAGAAAGAAAGAUGCCAUGGAAGGGAAAAAGCCAAGUAGACCUACGGUGACUGCAUAACCCGGUAACUAGUAAAUAUCAAUAUAUAUUCUUUAUUUGGCAGUGUGAGCAUAUGCUUCGUUUUCCAUCUGUAGUAAUCGUUAGAUGUGUGUAAGAAGCUAUUCGGUAGAUAUUUCUAGGGAGCAAUCUUUUUUGUUGUGGUUCCUGUCUGCACUCGGCCGUAUUUACUGAUGUUUGACCCGAAACGGACGUGCUAAUACAUGAGGGUGUGAUAAUCUGAUUUGCUAACAGCUUGAGUAUAUGUAAUUAAAGAAAUGAUGAUUGCAAAUGAUGUGUAUUGCAUCAGUUUGGUUGCUAUGGCUUGCUUGUAAUGAUAAUUUGUUCUGCCGUUGAUCCCAUCAACGAGUA